UCUCAUUAUUGUAUCCUUCCCUAUUGACCCAUUUGCCUUAUUUGUACUUUUAAGUGUUUUAAGUGUUUUUUUAUUGUGUGUCGAACAAAAGUGCAAAAACGCGUUUGCUAACUAUUCUUUAGAAAAUAUCAUAUAGCAUUAAGCUAGCUUGUGAGUUUAUAUUUACUGUAAUGUAAUGUAGCUGCUAUUAAUGUGUGAUAAUGGUUUUCUCUUCUUCCAGUCUCCGCUAUUUAGCUGCUGACAGAACUGGACUGACCUGAUAUAAUUAGCCUACAAUUAGUGCAUAAGUAUUUAGCUUUUAUAUUCAAGGGGUUUGACAAAAGAGUUAGAAUAACUGUUCAGGAAGUACAGCCAUUUUACACACAGUACCUCCCUUCAGAGAAUCCAAAGUAGUCGGACCGUAAUUGUAAUUGUUUUGGCCAGGUACAGUCACUCCCUUUUAAUUUUAGUGUAGCUUACUUUGAUCUCUUGGUGGCUUAAUGUUUAUCACAAAACACUAGAGUGGAUCAGUCCUCCUAUCUAACUCUCGGCAAAUGAAGGUGAUCCAGUACACUCCAGAGAAACUCCAUACAGCUUUGGUCUCCAAUUCUCAGUAUUUAACUAAGGUUUAUAGUAAGUACACAAAAGAAGAAAAGCGCCUUCUGGAGGAAGGAUUCCACGCUGGGCAGCCGGGUUCCCUUUUCCAACUCCUCACCGUGCACUCUGACUCUGACUGGAUCCUCGCUCACCCCGAGGAGCCCGAAGACUUUGAGGCCUUCUACAGAAAGCCUUAUCGCAAGACCCCAAAUGAAAGCCAGAGUACUAUUUAUAUUCAAACCAUAGGUUCUUUUGGAGAAGUUGCUGCCCAGACAGACCAGUAUAUGGAGUGGCUGCGAGAUUACUGCCAAGCCUUCUUCUACGGGCUUUCUGUGAAGUUGCUUCCAGCAGUUGCAGUGUCUGAAACAAAGUGCUCUUUCAGGGUCAACAGUAACUCUUACAACCUUCAAAUCCUUACUGGCGAUCUGCUACAAUUUCUGAAGAAGAGGAAACCAAAAGAUGCUUUUUGUAUUGUUGGAAUCACAAUGAUUGAUCUCUACCCCAAAGAUUCAUGGAACUUUGUCUUUGGACAAGCUUCUCUGACAGAGGGAAUGGGCGUUUUCAGUUUUGCCAGAUAUGAUGACAACUUCUAUAAGAGAAGUUAUGCUGGAAGGCUGAAGAAGCAUCUUCAGCCAAGGCAGGAGGAUUAUUCUGUGUUUGACGGCUAUUACACUCCACCGAUCACUAGCUCUCUGCUGCUUCGAUCCUGCAAGACAAUGACUCACGAGAUCGGCCACAUGUUUGGAAUCUCACAUUGCCAGUGGUUGAGCUGUGUCAUGCAAGGCUCCAACCACCUCGAUGAGUCUGAUCGAAGGCCCUUGGACUUUUGUCCCAUCUGCCUUCGCAAACUGCAGUUCGCAGUCGGCUUCAAUAUAGCUGAAAGAUACAAGGCCUUACUUCACUGGAUGGAUGAAGAUCAGACUCAAACAUCAGUGAAGGCAUCAGCCAGUCAUACCACACCUCACUUUACAAAACCCACCGAAGCCUUUAAUGCAUCCAAACUUUGGGUCUGCAGGUGUUUGGAAAUACUGGAAAAGGAUCAAUAAUAGUUCUUUUUUACUCUAUUUGAGCACUUUAUAAAUUGCAUUCAUCCACUCAGUCAUACAAGCACUUUUUACAAUCCCAAAAAUGUUUAUUCUUCAGGUCUAACACUACUGGAGUAAUAGAAAGCCGUACCUCCUCCGUCAUUUGGUGUUUUGAUGAAGGUACUUGAGAGUGCUUUCUUACACCCUCCAUCCAAUUUUUUUCUGUUCUUAACAUUUGUGUUGCUGUUUGAUUAUCAAAGUAGAUUUUAUGUAUCAAAAGUCUAAGUAUUGGCUAGCCACUGUAAACAGUCUACUGAACUGUGCUGAUUAAAGCCCAAAACCAUAUGUAAUGGGCAUCUUGCGUGGUUGAGUGGGUCAUCUACUGAUCAGAAGGUCAGUGGUUUAUUUGUCAGCUCCUUCAAUCUGAAAAAUAUUGCCCCCAGUGCAAUGUGAUGCUUAGAAAGCACUUAAAAUCAUAGACUAAAACACUAAACAACUCUAUUUUACUUAAUGACGUGAUGGUAGCACUUUGGAAACCUGUGUUUGCACAAUGUAAAUUCAAUUAAACAUGUAGUAUGUAUAUAAGAUUUAUCAUAUAAUGUUAGCAUUUAUAGGUUUACAGGUUUUGGAAGACUAAGCCAGCAAAUUUCUUUUCUGUCAGUGUAUCUGUGCUUUCUGGGAUUAAUUUGCAUGUUUUCAAAUAAAUGUUGUGUUCAGUGAAUGAACAUGUUGUCAGUUUGUCUGCUGGGUUUUAGAGAAUAAACCACGUUCACCUGUCUGUU